AUGGAAUUUGAGCUCGCCUUAGAGCGUGUUUCGGCCGCUGCUAGUGCGGAAGCUGCUGCGGCAGCAAGGAAAGCUGCGGUGUACUUGGCGCCAAGUAUGCGGGCUGAGGAGGCUGUUGUGGAUAUGGAUUCCGCUGAGGGAAUGGCCGGGGAUGGCCUGAGUAGCAAUCUGCAGCUAGGUGUGAACAUCCCUAAUCCUGGUGGCUGUGAUGGCUCAGCUCCGGAAACACGCCCGCAGGGUGUUUGUGCUAAUGCCGCUACUAGGCUGAACGGUGGAAUCUUUGGGGGGUCUGCUGCCGCCCGCCCACACACUAAUCAGAAUAAUGUUUGGAAGCGUCCAGAGCAUAUUCGAGUCACCGAAAGGGUGAAGAGGGGACAAUUUUCAGCUGAUGGGGUUACUGUUGACCUCCAAUUGGAAGUGGUGGAACGAAGCAUCAACCUCCUUGAGAAUGCCGUUGUGGGCAAAAUAUUGGGGCGGCGACUGCCUUUCUUUGUGUUGGAAGCGGAGGUUCGGAGACAGUGGGGUCGUUUUGGCGAAUUCCAACUUUCAACUAUUGGCGUUGAUUGCUUUGCAUGUACUUUUGCCUCCACUGAAGCCAGAGACACGGUUCUGUGCGGGGGACCAUGGUUUUUCAGUGGAAAUAUUGUUGGGCUUGACCGGUGGACCCCGAAAUUCUCCCCGAGCUCAUUGGAAGGGCUUUCUUUGCCAGUGUGGAUCCGGUUACCGCAAUUACCUCAACAAUACUGGGAUCAGCGAACCCUCAUUCGCAUUGCUUCCAUGAUAGGGGAGCCUUUGUGGAUUGAUGCCCAAAUGGGUAAUGUUGGAUGGAGGGAGUAUGCUCAAGUGUGUGUCAUGCUGGACCUUGCCAGGAAACUCCAAUCGGGAAUUUGGAUAAAUGGUUGGAGAGGUCGGUUUCACCAACGUGUGGAAUAUGAAGGCCUUGGGCUCUCUUGCUUUGAAUGUGGGCGUGUGGGAUAUAGAAAGGAGCACUGCCCCUCACGAGUGGGGGCCGAAAAUACUACCCCGGGUGGUGCUAAAGUUGGGGUCACGUCGGGCAAAUCUCCAGCCUCUAGAGGAGGCUUAUCCGCUUGCUCUAGCAAUUCGAAGCAGGCUAUGGGAGAUACGCCCACUGUCGGGGUGGUCACACUGUGCCCCAAUUCCAACUUGUCCACCACGGGUAAGUUCACGGGGGCGGCAAGCCUUGGAGACGCUGGACAAUCGUCAUCACGAGCCCCGGACCUUGGUUCGUGCUCUCCGGAGGUACCCAUUGCUACGGAGGAUGACAGCUUCUAUGGCCCGUGGAACGUUGUCCCACCAAGAAAGGGAAGGAGACCGGCGAAGAAAAACCAAGCGGAUGAGAAACUGCCGCCAGGUGAAAAUAUUCCCAGGCAGGUUGAUUUGGCAAAAAUCAAGGAACCAAAAGUGAGACGGAUGAAGGAGAAUUUCCUUCCUAGUCGUGGGGAAAAGAAACUGGGGCUUACGGAGCCUCUCUUAUUUUUGGCGGAAAUUGAUGAGCCACUUUCUGAGGCACCUCAUUUCGAUAAUGAGGUCUUGUUCGUUGGGCUGACCGAAACUAAGGUGGAAACCUUUGACCAUGCGGAUGUUGAUCGCCUUGUAGGGCAUGGAUGGGAUUUCUUUCACCAACCGGCUGUGGGCAAGUCUGGAGGUCUAUUGGCUAUUUGGAGAAGGGAAGUCCUCAAGUUUGAUGUGGCGGCGGCCACGGAACAAUGCUUGACGGGGAGGGAAACUUUGCCUAAUCUGCAGACUUGGAAGGUGGCCCUGGUUUACGCCAAUAAGGAUCACCUUAUUCGUAGACAGUUGUGGGAGGCCAUUACAUCCAGCUUGCCGGGGGACGGGCCGCUCAUUGUUGGUGGAGACUUCAACUGCUGUCUCUCGCAGGAGGAGAAAAAGGGAGGAAAACGUUUCAGAUUUUCUGUCGGGGCUCAGGAAAUGCUAGACUUUAUGAAUAAUGCGGACCUCCACGAUCUCAGAUUUUAUGGACCUAAAUUCACUUGGUCAAAUAAUAAGGAAGGUAAUAGUCGCAUUUGGGUUCGGCUGGACCGUUUCCUUAUGAAUUCGGAGGGGCUGGGGUUGGCCCCCUUUGCUACCGUUCGGCACCUGAAUAGAUUGGCGUCGGAUCAUUGCCCGAUGGUUCUGGAUUUGGGUGGGACGGGCGUUGCUGCGAGUUUUUGGUGGACGCGAUUUGAGGAUGCGUACGUUAAAGGCUUUGGUUUUUUGGAGCAAGCACGUAUCCGGGACCUUGGGGAGCAGAAAAACUUACUGGAGAGGCGUAUUGCGGCUCUCCAACAGUUGGACUGCUCGGAUGUGGGGCUUGAUUCCGGGCAAGAGGAGGACUUACGUCGUACGGUGGGAGAAUUCCAUGCGAUUUUGAGUAGGAUGGCAACGUGGUGGGGCCAACGUGCAAAAGUUAUGUGGAUUGAGGAUGGCGAUGCCAAUUCACAUUUUUUCCAUGCCGUGGCCACGGCCAGGAGAUGUUCCAACCGGGUUUUGGAACUCCGUAAGGCUGACGUGACUAUGCUUGAUGAUCCGGGCUUGAUCCAGAAUGAGUUCUGGAGCUUCUUCUCGGACAAGUGGAGGGCUCGUACUACGAACACGAUUAGAUGGCCGGAUUUCCCUGAGGAUGCGCAGAUUUAG